GGAGAUUUGGCUGUCUGACCUCGGGGCCAUGAAGAGGGUCAGCAGGCCUUCUCCAAUGUUUCAUCUCGCUUAUAAUAAUAAGAUUUGAAUACUAUCAUUUGCAACUGAAUAAGGGGUUUGAUCAUCACUAUUAUGUGACAACAAUGAGAAGAUGGUGUUGCCUUCCUGAGAGACACUUAAUGACUGAAUGAGUCCUGAAACUAUGACAUGUCACUGUUUUAAUAUGUUUUUAAUGUGUACUUCAUAUAAUGUUUGUGGAUUACUGGAAAUCACCUGCCUUAAUUCUUACUUUCACCAUUUUAUCUCAUCAUAUUUAUUUUGCACGUGUCCACUUAUGAGUGAGACAUACAUAUGAGUUUAUUAACAGUGUUGGACUUUGUGGGUCUUUAGUUUCAGUUUAUUUCAGUUUGUAAUUGUUAAAGAAGUAAUGCCCUUAUAGAUAAUUUUUUCUUAUUCUUUAGAUUUCUUUUCACCCUCCUGACAACAUGUUGCCCUUAUUUUUUGAUAGGAUUCAGGUCUAUGGUUACCAAUAAAACAGAAAUGGAUAAAAACCUUGAUCUCUUUCAAGUGUUGCUCUCCGAGCAGCCCUACGUCCUCAGGUCAGAUUGGAGGCUACAGUGAGUUGCUAUAGGAAAGUGAGGAGAUGGGCUGGGGCUAGCUGGUUAGCAUGCUAACUUUAAAAGCAGAAAAGACGUGAUAAGAUUUAACAUUGUUGUUGCUUUCCACCACUGGACACUGAUCUUGGAAAGUAAAGGAAUGAAGUUUGAUACUGAGCUCAAAACGUUUCCUCUAGACUGGUAAGUAAAGAGCUGUUAAGGCUAACGCUAGAUGUAGCGAUAGUAAAACUUACAAAUUGCUAAUUUAAAUAGAAAAUGACAUACUUAACUCAAAAUUGAAUGACCUUUGGAAACUAGAGUAUUGUGUAAUGAAUUUGAUUUGUAAUUCAUGAAUUAAACUGUUUGUUUUUAUGUAUCAUAAUCUAUGCACCAACUCCUGCACACAUUGCGCCUUUGGGGUGGUAAAGUCAGUUCCUUUGUGUAAAUAAAGUUUAUUUAAAAAAAUUUAAAAAAAAAAAUCAAAAUUAAAGACCGCGGCACCUCCACCCCCAGCUGUAAUUAGUCACUCCACCACCAGCUGUUGACUCGCCCUCCAGCUAUGUUUACUCGCUCCGCCUCACCGAGCUGUUAGACAGUUUACUUUUUCUUAACUUAUAAGAAACACUUGCACGAGAUGAAACCGAGGAAGCAACAUGUCCUGCUGCUGUGGAUGUUGGUCUGCACCGGAGUGGCUGAGGCGUCAGAGUACGUCGCCGCGGCAGCCGUGGUCGGCGUUGUUGCGACUCUGACUGGAGUUGUAUAUAGGUACCAGAACAUUUACUGCUAUUAUGAGUGCUGUGGACGCCAGUGGAUUUCUUUCAAUUGGCAAGGAUUUGCGGAUGACCUCGACCUCAAACUGUUUGGACAGCACAUCGCAGCACACAGCAUCUUAAAAGCUGUGGAAGGAUUCAUGAGCAAUAACAACCCAAAGAAGCCUCUGGUGCUCUCUCUGCAUGGAUCGACCGGCACAGGGAAGAACUUUGCUAGUCAGCUGAUUGCUGAAAACAUUUACAAGGAGGGAAUUAAGAGCAGAUUUUUUCAUGUUUUCUCAGCCACACAUCACUUCCCACAUCCAAAACAACAUCUUCACACCUACAAGAUUCGGUUAAAGCAGUGGCUCAAAGAGGGCAUCACCGACUGUGAACGCUCCAUGUUCAUUUUUGAUGAGGUGGAUAAGAUGGAUCCUAAUUUGAUGGACAGCAUUAAGCCAUACCUGGACUACUAUGACAAGCUGGAUGGAGUUUCUUAUCAGAAAGCCAUCUUCAUCUUCCUCAGCAAUGAAGGGGGAGACGUCAUCGCUCAGACAGCUUUAGAUUUCAAGAAAGCAGGACGAAGACGGGAGGCUAUCAAGCUUGUAGACCUGGAAACACCGCUUUCUCUAUCACUGUUCAACAACACCCAAAGUGGCUUUUUUCGUUCAAGUUUGAUUUCGAAGAAAAUGGUGGACUACUUCAUCCCGUUCCUGCCUCUGGAGUACAACCACGUCAUCCAGUGUGUCAAGGCUGAGAUGAAAACCAGAGGAAUUUUGCCAAACCCGGAUGUGGCAGAGAGGCUGGCCAAAGAUUUAGUCUAUUUCCCCAAAUCUGAAAGAAUCUUCUCUACCAUUGGCUGCAAGACGGUAGACAAAAAGUUGCACUUCUACUUAUGAUAUCAAAAUCGGAUGGAUGCUACGUUCGAUCACAAUGUGCACUUUUUUUUUUUUUUUACAAAGAAAACCUGACUGAACUCUUUAGAUGUCUCUUUGGAGGUUUCUCUGUCUGACUUCGGGGCCAUGAAGAGGGUCAGCAGCAUUCUCCAAUGUUUCCUCUCGCUUACACUGAAUAAAGGAGCUGAUGAAAGCGCUAAUUGAAUGAAGAAAUAAUAAGAUUGGAAUAUUAUACUUUGUAACUGAAUACGGGGUUUGAUCUAUGCUUUUAUGUCACAAUGAGAGUUUCAAAGAUGGUGUUUUUUUCCUAUGAGAUUCUUAAUGAAUGUGUCUUGAAACUAUGACAGGUCACUGAAUUAGUUGAAGAAAAGUUGCGACUUUUCUGUAAAUCAAUGUGGUUGCUAUUGUUGUUCUGCUGUUUCAUUUUUCAUAUUAUCUUUAACAAAUGUGUUGCUGUGAACAAUGAAUGAAUUGGUGUGAUAUCAAACUAUGAGUUGGCUUUAUGGAACAGCUUAAUCCAUAUUUACUUUAUUAGGAUCAUUCAGCCCCUGAUUUUCACAAUAAUUCCUGUAUUCAAUAAUUUCUGUUUUCAGUGACAAAAAAACUGACUCAACUGC